GAUCUUCAAGAUCGAUACAUCGAUAUAAACAUUGCAACAAAAUCACAAGCAGACCUGCAGACGGCUGAUUGAUGAGAAUGAUAUUUGUAUUUGUUAUUACAAUAAUUAUUUGAUUCUAUAUUACAUUUUUUACAUUAUCAAUUUGAUAAUGGCGCUUCUUAGUUGUAAAAAUGUUUUUUCAAGUUUUAUCAGCAAAUUAAAUAGAACAUCAAUAACAGAGACUCAAAAGCGUUUGACACCGCAGUACCAACAAACCUGUAACGAAUGGGUGGAUGCCAGAAUGCGGAAAGAUGUGCGAAAAAGGAAAGCGUUGACAGAAUAUUGGCCAGUCAAAUCACGAUUGAUAGCUCUGAAGAAGAACGGAGUUCUCCCUCCUGAACUCAAGGAGGCGGCUCUCGAGGAGAUGACUCAGCUUCCAGGGGACAUCAACAGAUGGCACAAUGCCAUCUAUAGGUGUGCGGUCACCUCUCGGCCCAGGGGCACUGUCUACAAAUGGCGGCUCAGUCGAAUUGUCUUCAGGCAUUUGGCCGAUUAUAAUAAGUUGGCCGGUAUUAUGCGUGCCAGAUGGUGAACAUACUUGCAACAUGUUUUUUCUCUUGAAGAGUACUCUAACAAACACUGUAAAAUGUAUCUUUGUUGUUCUAUGGUAUCGAAAAUAAAUUAGUUGUGUUAUAGUUUAAAAGCAUGAUUGUUAAUAUAUUAUGUUAUUUUCCUUUCUA